AAGAACUCGCAACACAUAAACAAAUACUCAUGCAGACUUCUUCCACUGCCAUUCCGUUCUGACCUGUCCCUUUAGUCACUCUUGUCCUUGAGCAACAGGAGACUCUGAAAACUGCUUUUCUGUUGUGUGGAAAAUGGAGGAUCACAAGUAUGAAACAUCUCAGCCCUUACUCUAUGAAUAUGAUAGCUCAGUGACAUCGGUGUCUCCAUGCGACAUAACCGAUAUAACUGAUUUCAGUAGAAAGUUUCUUCCACCAUUCUAUGCCAUCAUCUUCAUCGUCAGCAUGCUGGGCAAUGGACUUGUGCUGUUUAUCAUGUAUAAGUUUGAAAGGCUCGGAACGGUCACUAACAUAUUCCUCAUCAACUUGGUGGUCUCUAACCUGAUUUUCACCUUCACACUCCCGUUUCAAGCCGUCCACCAGAGCUCACAGUGGAUAUUUGGCAAUGUGACAUGCAAAAUAGUCAGCAGUGCUUACUUCCUGGGGUUCCGCAGCUCCAUCCUCUUCCUCACGCUCAUGAGCUUUGACCGCUACCUGGCUGUGGUUCACGUUGUGGUGGCCACAAAGCAGCGGCGAAGCUGCUACGCCUUCUCCACAGCUGCCGUCGUCUGGAGCGUCAGUGUCCUUGCUAGCCUGGAAACCUGCUUAAAACACGAAGUACGUAAAGACCCAAUUGUGGGGUAUGUCUGUCAAGAAACUGAAACCAAUAUUAAAGUUCUGGGCACCUACACUCAGUUUAUUUUGUUCUUUAUCCUCCCUUUGGUUGUCAUCGUCUACUGCUACAUCAGGAUUGCCCUGAGGGUGAUCUCCUCCCGAAUGAAGGGCAAACACCGGACUGUUAAGCUCAUUUUUGUCAUUGUGGUGCUCUUCUUCAUUUGCUGGACCCCAUACAACGUGAUAUUAUUGAUUAAAGAGCAGGAAUUGAGCGACCCUUGUGAUAACAGUCUUGUUUAUCCGCAGUACGUCACUCACAACAUUGCCCACCUGUACUUCUGUGUCAACCCUGUCUUCUACACUUUCUUGGGUAAAAAAUUCCAGAAUCAUGUUCGCCAGCUGCUAGUUAGUAAGGUUCCGUGUUUAAAGAGCUAUCUGAGCUUCAGUGGUGAAACCAGCAGAUCCUUUUCUUAAAUGAACUCCCAAAAUCUGCAGUGACGACGGAUGAUGAAUCAAAGCAUCUCCAGUGUUUGUUUCAUAUAACACAGUUCUGUAUGUUGGAGCAUAAUACUUAAUGCAACAGUACAAAGAGUGGAAGUGGUUUUAGGGUAGACUGUGUAGCUUACCUUAAAAAUAAAAUGCUCAUCACGGUACAUUAGGCAAUGUUUAUGGUCCCCAUACUCAUGAUAACGUCACUGGAAAGUGUGUAUUAACACAAGCUAGAUUUAGUAUUUAGAUUACAUGUCUUGUGUCCAGAGCAUUGUAAAUAAGCUUAAACUGCAUGGGGCUGCAACACAAAUAAUAGAGAAUAAUGUUAGUAGAAAUGUCUGUUUGCUCGAUAUAAAUGUAUUCAUGUGCACUGAUUUGUUGAGCAGUCCAGUGAAACUGUAAAUGUACUAGUCAGUGCUUAAUGGACUGAAAAAUGAUGUGUGGUGAUAAGAGUUGUUAUUUGUUGUAUGUGUUCACUUUUCGAAGAUUAAAAAAAUGGAAGAAAUCUGAAUUGAGUGGUUA